CUCUCAUUUCGUUCCCUCCCCUCUUUUUUUGAAGAACGCCCUUCUUCCGCACCAGAACCAGAUACAAAGCUUUUUGCUUGCUCUCUUCCCAAAAACCCUAGUUUCCAUUUCCCCUCCAUUCUUCCUGCAGGGGAAAGGAUACCACUUGAACAUGCCGAGAGAAAUCAUCACUCUGCAAGUGGGACAAUGCGGGAACCAGAUUGGGAUGGAGUUCUGGAAGCAGCUUUGCCUCGAGCAUGGCAUCAGCAAAGACGGCAUUCUUGAGGAUUUCGCUACUCAGGGAGGUGACAGGAAAGACGUGUUCUUUUACCAAGCUGAUGACCAGCACUAUAUACCUCGUGCUUUGCUAAUCGAUUUGGAGCCCAGAGUGAUAAAUGGAAUUCAGAACGGUGAAUAUAGGAAUCUCUACAACCACGAGAACAUCUUUGUUUCAGAUCAUGGUGGGGGUGCUGGAAACAACUGGGCCAGUGGAUAUCAUCAGGGUCAAGGGGUUGAAGAAGAUAUAAUGGACAUGAUAGAUAGAGAAGCUGAUGGAAGCGAUAGUCUUGAGGGUUUUGUGCUUUGUCAUUCGAUUGCCGGAGGGACUGGCUCAGGUUUGAUUUACCUGAAUUUAAAGAACAUAAACCCUUAGUUCUGAGUCGAUGUACUCCUUCCAGUGUGAGCUUUCCAUACUGCUUGGUACCGGAAACUUUAGCUCAAUAUUCUUCUAUUAGUUUGAAGUGAUUUGACAACAUAAACUAAUCUGCAUUUGGGAAGUGUGAGGUUCUCCUCAAUUACGUCAUGGAUAGCAGGUUCCAAUGUAUAACUGGUUAUGUUCCUCUGUGAAAGUUUCACUUCAAUGACUAACAAUUAUGCGCAAGGGGCAUCAAUGCAUGCUCAUUUACUCAUUUAAUGUUGUUUUCAUUUGCUAUGAAGGUAUGGGCUCAUAUCUGCUGGAGACUUUGAAUGACCGUUAUAGCAAAAAAUUGGUGCAGACGUAUAGUGUAUUUCCAAACCAGAUGGAGACAAGUGACGUGGUUGUUCAACCAUACAACUCUCUGUUAACACUCAAGAGACUGACACUCAAUGCGGAUUGCGUUGUCGUUCUUGACAACACUGCUCUCAAUAGAAUUGCAGUGGAGCGCCUACAUUUGUCGAAUCCUACUUUUGCUCAAACAAACUCUUUGGUAUCUACUGUGAUGUCUGCCAGCACAACUACACUGAGGUAUCCUGGGUAUAUGAACAACGACUUGGUUGGACUUCUUGCGUCUCUAAUUCCCACACCAAGAUGCCAUUUUCUCAUGACAGGAUAUACACCACUUACUGUGGAAAGACAGGCUAAUGUUAUCCGUAAAACUACUGUAUUAGAUGUCAUGAGAAGGCUCCUACAGACAAAAAACAUCAUGGUUUCUUCAUACGCUAGGACAAAAGAAGCUAGUCAAGCCAAGUAUAUUUCGAUAUUAAACAUAAUCCAAGGGGAGGUAGACCCGACUCAGGUCCAUGAGAGUUUGCAGAGGAUUCGCGAGAGGAAGCUUGUCAAUUUUAUAGAGUGGGGCCCAGCAAGUAUACAGGUUGCAUUGUCAAGGAAGUCUCCGUACGUCCAGACUGCUCAUAGGGUAAGUGGUCUCAUGUUAGCAAGCCAUACCAGCAUACGGCAUCUCUUCGACAAAGUUGUGUUCCAGUAUGCCAAGUUGAGAGGGAAGCAAGCUUUUCUUGAUAACUACCGGAAGUUCCCAAUGUUUGCCGACAAUGACCUUUCUGAGUUCGACGAAUCAAGGGAAAUAAUCAGUAGUUUGAUUGAUGAAUAUAAGGCUUGUGAAUCUCCUGACUACAUCAAGUGGGGAAUGGAGGAUCCUGACCACCUCCUGACAGGUGAUGGCAAUGCUUCAGGAUCAGUGGAUCCAAAAUUAGCAGUUUGAAAAUUCUAAAUCGGGAUGCAAUGAGGCAUUAAUAGCGCCAUGGGAAAGAGGACUAGUUAGUUGUGCACAUAUUUACUUUGUUGGGUUAUGCCUGUUUGUUGGAAGCUUUGAUCGAACGUGUGGUAUCCUGUACUUUGGUUUGCUGUAAGAUUCAAUUUCUACCAUGGAGGAUUCAGAAUCUCUCUGUACCUGUAUUGGGGUUUCGAGAAAUUGGACAAGUAUUGGUCGGAGUGGCCUAAUUCCUGAAUGUAGGUGAUAGAUCAUCACUUCUGUAAUGCAUUUGUAUAAAAUUUGUCAGACAUGGCAAUUGGCAUGGCUAGGCAUCUGAAACUCACCUUUUCCCCAAAGUUGUAGGCAGUUUUGGAGUUCAAUUCUAAAGGUAUGAUAUUGAAUCAGUGACACAUUUGGC